AUGCAUUGGCACUCAAAGUUUUCAACUGAGGAAGUUGAAUUCAGUUUUAAUGAGUUUGGGCCAUAUGAUGAAGCAGAUAACUACUCAAGAAACACUCCUGAUGCGUUUCAUGAAGAUUAUGUAGGCAAGUUGUUCGAUGAAAUGCCAGGAGACGAGUUUUGGUCUGAACUAAAAGCCAUCAGAUGGUAUCCUGCAUCUGUUGACCCACCUUUAACUGGACUUCCAUGGUUAGUGCCAGAUAAUACAUGUGACCUUAAUUUUAUAGGGGUUUGGAAUCCAUGGGAUAAGAAGGCGAAGGCUAUGCCUGAUUUUGAAGAUGAUGAAUACAAGCAUAUUCUUUGUGUGGAGGCUGCAGCAGUGGAAUACCCAAUUACGUUGAAACUUAGAGAGAAAUGGAAAGGGAGGCAACAACUUUUGGUUGUUCCUUCAAGCUAUUGCAGUGGGAAGCUUGACCCCCACAUAGUUUGUUAA